AAUGUCUUUUUUCUUUUUUCAGGAGCUCCGAGCAAAUAAUAUUAUACUGUACUAAAUGUUACAUUAAAUCACUCAGUCGCCACAUUUUGUUUUGCACAAUGAAAGUACCAGACUUCAUUAAAGAUCGAGUCCCUGGGAUAUUAGUAAGGGAAGAAGAUUUUAGAAAAACCUUCCAUCCUAUCCCACUAAUCAAUACGCCUACAGUUUUAUUAGGAACCACUUUUGCAUCAGCACCAAUACUCUCCAACUACUUUUCAUCCAGGCAUUUGCUUUCUGGUGUUAUACCCCAAUGCUUUAUUUUGGCCAGUUUUGGAAUAUGGCUUGGAUAUUUUUCACAGAAAAUAAUGUUGAGGCAUAGAAUGGGAAAAGUCAAAUAUUCUAUGGAUUACAUGGAAAGAAACAAGCAUAAGUUUCCGAUAAAAGAACCUGAAUAUUUUGGAGAUCCUUCAUGGCUGAAACAUUUUAACCGAAAAUAAUUUAUAUUCUGCUGUGUGCUACUUUUUCUUUUAUUAUAACGUUCCAUCAAGUG